AGACGCACAGAAUGUCCUGGUGAACUGGUGAUCAGGAUGUCUCCAACCGUUGAGCGUAACGUGAUAUUUGCACCGUAAGCUGUGACAUAGAAGCUCAUUUUGUGUACUAACAGGCUCAGAAAGAGUGUUGAAGAACUUUUUGAGCGGUUAAACUUUAAAAAUGUCAGCGAACCGGCUGCUUUGUGCGAUAGUAGUUGUGCUACUUUGAGCUAGCACGCGGAGCUAACUCCGGUGAUUUCUCUGGGAUGAUAAAGCUUAGCGCGAGCUCCUCCGGACAUGGCAGCGGGCGGCUCGAUAGAGUCCACUCUGGACAGGAAGUUUCAGACAAUCACAAACACCAUGGACUCCAUCCAAGGACUGUCAACGUGGUGCAUCGACAACAAGAAGUACCACAGCCUGAUCGUGCGAUACUGGAUGAAGACUUUGAAGAAAUGUAAGUAGAGGGAAUCAAACAGCUGGGUACUAAACAACCGUGGGUCACCUAAAUCCGAGGUCACAUGUGCAGCAUUUGCGGCUUUUAUUCCUUUUUGCUUCUGUUUUCUAAAAUCUGCAUCAGCUAGGUCCUGCGUGAUUAAAGGGAUAUUCCGGCGUAAAAUUAAUUCAGGGUCAAACACACCUUAACACCGAGUUAGACACCCCCUCAAGAGAUGAGUGUUGCCUAACUUUAGUAACAACCGCAGGAUAGCAAUACACAGCGGUCUGAGGAGCCAUAAACAAACCUCAAUCAAAACUCCAGUCCAUUAUGGACUGCAGUGGGGUGACGCAGCUCAAGGAAAAACAUUUAUGAUCAUUUCUUCAUGGAAAUGCAAUCAGACCGAGACACUAAGACAGAGGAUCUACCGCGUCUGCAGUGCAAAUUAUUAAUAUGGUGAUUAUUACUUCAAGGAAAUGAUAAAGUAAUGAUCAUAAAUGUUCUUCCUUGAGCUGCGUAACUCCGCUGCAGUCCGUAUUAGACUGGCCCAAGGUCUUGCGUCAAACAAGCGACUGCUGGAAGAGAGUAUGUGAGUAGUGUUAAGAUAGAUAGAUAGAUAGAUAGAUAGAUAGAUAGAUAGAUAGAUACUGUGACAAUACUCACACAAGAUAAAGAAUAAAUAAAUAAAAACAGUCUAUAAACAUGACCAUAAGGCAGUAGUGCAGAGUUACGAAGGCAUAAUGGACAGUUGAGUCUCUUUGCUAAAGAAAUCGGGCAAAGUUACAAAGAUGUUUGGUAGCUAGUGCUGUGGCUGGGACCCUAUAUGUACUGUUGAUGAAUGUUUUGGUUUUGGUUGAGGUUUGUUUAUGGCUCCUCAGACCGCUGUGUAUUGCUAUCGUGCGGUCAUUACAAAAGUUGGUAUAACUAGAGAAGCAAGCGGUCGGCAACAUUCAUCUCUCGAGGGGGUGUCUUACUCUGUGUUGCGAUGCGCUUGACCCUAACCUUAAUUUUAUGCUGGAAUAAUCCCUUUAAAUGUCGUAGGUGGGGGUAUUAGUUAAAAUUGAUAACCUCUGUUUUUAUGUUCUGUGUUGUGCUCCCAGGCUGCGUUUCUCCUAACAAAGUUAAAGUGAAAAAGGGUUUAUUACCACUAAAGUUGUAUUUUGGUAUUGUAGUAUUAGUGGAAAGUGUGUUUCGUGAUGUAGGUUUAUAGGUUGAAGCCUCUUUGUUUCCCAGGGCCUCUAAACUAGUUUUUCUCGUCUUUGAGAUCACUCAAGUUUUGCAUUGUAUGAAGCCAACUCUCAAGGAUGGUUGCCAAGUAGAAAAUCAUUUUUGAGAAAGAAGUGCAGAUCAGUUUCAAGAAAGAAUAAAAAUUACAGUCAUUGGAAUUCAAAAUAGAUGUUUAAUCUAUCAAAGACCAUUGUUUCCGUAUGUUAACCCUUAGAAGAAUGUAAACUCAAGCUGUGAUAAUCAGGUGGCAUUAGAUUUUGUGAUGUCCCCGGUGCGCCUUUGGUGACCAGCAUUUGCGGAUUGAUUUUAAAAAUAACUCACAGCUCAAGUGUAGCUGGCUUUUAGACCAUAACAGUAGGCAUGCCAGUUGUUUUAAUUCUGAGAAGAACAAAUUAAUGAGCCAUAAUGCGGUUAAUACGCUCAAAAUGAAAAUUCACACUGCAAUUUUUAGAUGUCAUAGAGAACCAGCCAAUAAACACUUGGCAGUGCUCUAAAAUAAAUAUUUGCAAAGUCAGAAAUACUGAAGUUGUGCUCACUACCCCACUUCAAAUCAAAACUCAAAACACAUCUGUUCCAAAUUGCAUAUUCCCUUUAACUGUCCAUUUCCAUACCUGUAUAUUGUUUUUAUUUAUUUCAACAGUGUUUUAACUGUGUUCUUAAUGCCUGUACAGUGUCCUUGGGUGUCCAGAAAGGCGCUUUUAAAUAAAAUGUAUUAUUAUUAUUAUUAUUAUUAUGUGUGAGGUACAGAUUUUUCUGUGAUGACAAAGAAAGGCUUUUGACAACAGUUUUGAUAUCACUAGAAUGCUAUUUUAUCGAAACCCUAUAUUUGAUUUAAGAUAGUUGAAACUUAAAAAGGAGUUAUUGUGUUGUUCCAAAUAUCCACACAUUUGAAAUUAGAUACCAGUGUUUCAUUCCUUAAAGUUUGUACAGGGGCAUGUUUACUUUCUUCUUUGAAUAAGUCUCUUUGGGUACUGAGGAGACCGGUAGAUUUGAAAGUAAAAAGUUGUCCCCCUCUUGUCUGGUACAGGGUUUCAGCUGCUCUAUACUUUUGGCUCUCUUUUGUUGUUUUUCUUUGUUACCUGAUGUACCUAAUGUUUUGGGGACAUUGUAACACCUGGAUGACUCUACGAUGAAGAGACACGCCGUUGUCAUGCAGAAUGUUGUUUGGCAUCUUUUUGCGUUAUUAUGAAAGGUCUUCCCUGAGAAAGACGUUCGGGUGGCAGCAUAAUGAUUAGCAUUUAUGAGCUAAGGGAGCCAAGUAGUUCCCUCCCCCCUUUUGGAAGAUGUGGUGUCCAUGAUUUCUGCGAAGAAAAUUUCGCGUUUAAAUAGACAGUUUUAAUCUCUACCUCAGUCCAGGAGUUGGCUGUGUUUCAGGAUAUUGUGUAUAGACAGUUUCCUCCUCGUAUGGGACAGUAUAACCAGCAUUUGAGGAUGGAAUGACAAACUGUGUUCCCAGAUGAUUGUUUUGGGAAGUUACUUUUAACCCAUUCAGUGAUUUCAUUAUACUGUCAUGUCUGUUUUGAAUGCAGUGAGAUCACACCCAUCAGGUAUUGGCUGUCAGCUGUUUGUUCAUCAAUUCAACAGCUAGUAAUUCCACUCAAAUUUGGUGUUGUGAUUAAUUUUUAAGGUCCUUGUGGCUUGAAUUACUCAGUCAUGCCGAUUCGCCCUCUGUUACAUUAGAGGUAUCAACCCUGACAGAACAUCCUACACAGCUCCUGGUACAGGCUCUUGUAAUGUCACACAUUGACUGCUGCAACUCCUUACUGGCAGGCCUCCUCAGAUUUUUCUGCAGAACACCUUUGCAUAUAAGCAAAACUCUUCACCUCUUAAGUCUCUAGUGGUAAAACGCUUUAGCCCACAUCUCUGUAAACAACUCAGUUCUCAGUAGUUUGGUGCUGAAGAGGAUAAUGAUGACAUUGAUAGUGGUUGAUAUUUUGAUGAUAUGUUGUUUAUUGUGGUAAUCAUAAAAAAGAACUAAAAACUGAAACACACUACCCCUCUAACUUUGCAUGGCAGUGCUAAGCCCACUUGGACUUGAAGCAGUUUCUGGCUCUCACUCAAGUUGUUUCCUUCUGUUUUGACAUUUGCUUGCGUUGUCCUUUAUCACAGAUAUAUGUCGCUUUGGACAGAAGCGUCUGCUGAAUCAAACUGUAUCAUAGCAACCGCUUUCUAUCUUUGCUUUGAGACUUAGCUUCACUUACCCAGUGAUGUUACUAAGCUGGUGCAGACUAGCUGUAUGUGAUUGUUUUACAUAACUUAUUCAACAUUCAUCAUUUUAGCCUCUUGGACACGGAGCAUGUAUCGAUAAAUCUUUCGAUCAUUGUUUGAACUUGAAUACUAAAACACAUUUCCCUCUGCUUCAGACCUUGUGUGACCUUCACAUGAGCUUGAGUUGAGUCUUAUAGCACUUACCAUCCCUGCGUCUGCCUUUCUCUGGCCUUGUUUUGUGACUUUGUGUGCUUCUUGGUGCGAACAAAGAGCAAGAGAGGCUCCUGAAGAAUAACAAUUUUUUAUCACUGGUCUUUCUUGCUGAGCAACACAGCCAGGCUGUUCUAUCUAUGUAAAAACAUUAUCAGCUUGUGUCUGCCAGUUCUCUCCCCCACUCCGGUAUUCUGCAGUUUUCUUAAAUGCUGUACUCUUGUUGGCUCUUGUCACACAGCUAAUAAUUUAUUUUGCAACAUUUCUUGACAGGGAAAUGUGUUGUGUGAGCCUUUGCAACAAGAUCUAGAUAUGAAUGAGUAGUAUAUCUAAAUAUGUCCAUAACCUCUGACAUGGUAACGUUUUAGCUGUGACUGUCAAAUAAUCACUUAGAUAAUUUCACAUAAAUAAUCGGUUAGGGUUUGCAUGAUGUCCUUUAGAUGUAAUAAUUGUCUGUGGUGCUUUUUCAUCUCCUAUUUGCUGUUUAAUGAAAAGAAUAUGCUGUAGAUGAUACACAGUUGUUGUGGUUAAAUGUGGAUGGUUGCAUUAGCUGUCAGAAACUUGCAAAUGAUUACUGUAUGUGCCACUUCAAACCCUUAAUUUUGACUAACAUAUAUUUGUCCGGUUCCUAUCAUGAUAGAAGUUGUUGUUUUUUAAUGAAAUGAAGUGACAUAAAGAGGUUGUCAUCUUCCAGUGCUUGUUUUCUGAGGGCUUCGGUUUGUUGUGUUGACUUUCACUCGAAUGAUAAAUUGAUUUCUUUCCUUGACGUGUCGAUUGAACUGUGCCGAAACAUCCGCUUUUGUCUUUGUCGCCCACAUAAUUCAUGAUCAACUCAAAGGUUGUUGAGUGUGGUUGUCUUCAAAAUCUCUGUCAAAGUUGAAACUUUUCACGUAUUUCAAAGACUGCUUCACUCUGCUCUGACUUUCUUUCAGCUCGCUUUGAGAUUUAUUCACAGUUAGCUCAAAUGCAGUUUGUCUGAGUGUUUCAUUCUGAUAGUUUUCAGUCACAUAAUUAAACUAUCAGGUGCUUGAUGGUGUAUUCUUGUGAAGAUGUUUUUGUACACUUGAAACAGUAAUUUACCUCCUCAGAAUGAAUUUUUUCUCAGUAUACGUAAUACUUUACCUUUGAGAGACUAAACACAACUCGCAAACUCUUUUCCAGCAGCCACUUGUCUAUAACAAGACCUCGAGCCAGUCCAUUACAGACUACUGUGGGGUGAAGCAGCUCAAGGAAGAACGUUUAUGAUUGUUUCUUUAUGAGCAUUUCCUUAAAGUAAUUAUCACCAUAUUUAUCAUUUUUUACUGCAGACACAGUAGUUCUUCUGCCUUAGUGUCUCGGUCUGAUUCCAUUUACAUGAAGAAAUGAUCAUAAAUGUUCUUCCUUGAGCUGCGUCACCCCGCUGUAGUCUGUAAUGGACUGGCCUGAGGUCAACAAGCAGCUGCUGGAGGCAAUAUAUGUAAUAUUUUACCUUUUAGUCAACAUUGAAGUUAUUAUGGGGCCUGAUUAUUAUGGAUUUGUAUAAAAUGCGUGUUUUAACACAGAGAGCAGCUUAAAUUUUCAGGACAUUCAGGUCCAGAGACAUUAACCUGUCUUUCUUACAUACACAGAGAUUAUCUAUAUGCAACUUCAAAUACUCUGUUUGGUUUAGGUGUAUGUGGUGAGGAAGGUUGGAUAGUACGCAAAAGGAUGUGUCCUCUAUGAUGUCUCCUAUUUCUGAGUGGCUUUAUCUCCCAAACAUAUAAGGACAUCAACGACGACACAGUGGUAGAAAACAUGAUGCAGCCACCUACAUUAAAGAGUACUUAACAUGAUCAUUAACAGCUGUCCCACUCGCCUCCAGUGAAUAGGGCUGUAGAAAUGGUGGUUUGAACUGAUGGUUCGAUAUCUUCACAUUGUUCUUUGUUCUCAAUGUACCCGGAUUGAUUUUCCGCACUUGACGUUUUCACGAGCUUUAGACCUUUUGAUGUUAGGUCUUACAGAGACAGGUGCUGCUUGGCUGCAGGGUUAGAUAAAGGACUUAAAGGUAUAGAUCUGCAAAUAUGAUAACUUGUCAGGUUUAAAAUCUACCUCCUUUGGUUAUUCAACAGCAUUUGAUUCCUGGCAGGGACUUAUUUUCUACCGUGUUUUGCGGUGCAUACAUAAUGCCCAGUAUUGUCUAAUUAUUAUAGUUAUUUUCGAUUUGAGUGUUAUCAUAAUCAAAGUGUGCCGAACAAACUGUCAGAAGUAACAAAUAGCUAUUAUUUUUGCUCACAUAUUCUUUGAUAUGUUUACAUAAUACAGAGAGGUCUGUUUCUAACAUUUCUCUUUCUCUUCUUCCAUCAGCUGAGUCCUCUCACAGACUCAACCUUAUUUAUCUCGCCAACGACAUCAUUCAGAACUGUAAAAGGAAAAACGCCAUUGUCUACCGCACAGCAUUUGCCGAUGUGCUGCGUGACGCCUUCUUGCUUGUCAGGUAGGUAUCAUUUAAAAAGCUGUUUUUGUUGUUUGUGUGUGUGUGUGUGUGUGUGUGUGUGUGUGUGUGUGUUUGAUGCAGCUGUAAAGUUUCCUUCCCUUUGUCUGUUACCCUCUGUCCUCGUCUUUGUUUUAUUCAUUCAAAGAAAUCCCUCACACACAUAAAUAAGACAAUGUCAUAACAAAUGUAAACAUAAAUAAUUUCCCCUGUCUUCCAUGUUUUUAUUGUUGUCAUCCUUUGUCCUUUCUGCAGCGGCGAAGGUGACCAGAAGGUAAUUAAAUCAGCGGAGAGGAUACUGUCCAUCUGGGAGGACAGGGCUGUGUACUCAGGGACACUCAUCACCGAGUUGAGGAACAGCUUAGUCAGAGAGGAGUCUCCUCCUGAGACGCCCGUGGAGCAAAAAAGUAAGCGUGUUUACUAAUUUCAUUUCUCAGUCGCUUUCAUUCAUUUUUAUUCCUUCACUGGCAGGUUCAAAGUCAUUCCAGGGGGGACAGACUGUUUGGUAUGUGAGCAGGGUGAUAUCACUGUGUGUCCUUUAUCUUGUUUAAGGACACAAGGAAUGUACCUUUUGGUUAACGACCUCCAUUUGUAUUGAUUUAUUACAGCUUGAUUGGAAUAAAAAUGCAGGCCACUUUUGCUCUGAGCAGUAUUUGAAUCUUUUUCGUGCUCAGCCUUGGAGAGGAGACAGAACAUUGAAUUUGAGACCAAGCUGCAAAAUGAUCUGCGUUUGAUCAGUGUGAGAAUUUUCAGACUUUUUGGGGAAUUUGGAUCUCAAAUUAAGAGGCCAAAAAGCUGUCCAUUUGAGAAUCUGAUAACCACCAUAGAGAGCUUCCACGCUAGAACACAUUCAUGUGACUUGUGCAGUUAUACUAUCUUUACACGACCAUGCACAGGUACUCAGAAGACUGCUUCUCAGUCAGUAAUAUUUUAUGAAAUUGCUUUUGCACAACAUGUGAAAGAUACAGUAGCCCAUUAUUCAUUUUUGUGGCAUCCUCAACUUGAUUUUGAGGAAACCUGUUCUGAAAAUAUCUCUCGUUGUUCCCAGACACAAAGUUUUGUCAUCUAUCCCAAAUGUUGUUUGUGCUGACAUGAGCAGUUUCUAACUUUUACUGUGAUCCAUAAUUGUUUUGAAGCUCCUGUCGAGUCUAAAGCAGAUCUACGCUCCAAGGUUCUCGCAGAGUUUGUGGUAAGCAAAAUCUUGAAUUUGAGUCUAAACUGAACCCAAACUAAACUGCAACAUCACUUUUUGACAAAUUGCAAUUGUCUAUCUCCCUUUACACAAUUUUUGAGUUAGCCCGUUGCACAUGCGUGUGACUGACUGCUCCCUCUGCUUCAGCCUCAGGCACUCCUAGACCAACUGUCCAAGUAUAAGAGAUCUCUGGAGGAUGUCGACCUGAGAGAAAAACAGCUGGCAGCGAUGAGGGUUGACAUCUGCAGUUCUGAGGCCCUCAGAAAACUCAAAGGUGCGCUCUGAAGUCAUCUUCUCCAGUGCAACACACACACACACACACAUCUUCUUGGCUUCAACAUCAGCAUUGUGCUUUCUCUCUUUCUCUCUCUCAUUGCCUCUCAAAAGUCAACCUUUCAUGCUGUUUUUCUUACAGAUAAAGCCGGAGGAAAGAAGUUCUCCAAAGACUUUGAGGAGGGGAGCGCACAGCUGCAGGAGUUUGUAAAGUUCCUCGACAAGGAGAGCAAAAAAGGGCCUCCUCUCAUGGAGGCUCUGAGCAAUGCGGAUGUCUUCUACGAGAUGCAGUACAAGGAGGUCAAGAUUGUUGCUAAUGUGAGUUGACCACAACAUGCAGAGUACCACCUCGGAUCAAUCUGGACAGAUGACACAAAAUCCUGUUUGAUGUUAAAAUUUUUAUUUCAACCAAAUUUUUACCCAUUUACCUCCACUCUUAAGGCCUACCAGACGUUUGCCAAUCGCGUGUCCCACCUGAAGCGUAAACUGGACGCCCUGAAGGCCACUUUACCAGACCUGGACGAGUCACCCAUCCCCUCCCCCUCUGCAGACGCUCCGUCUCCUACAGGCUCAGAGUCUCCUUUCCAUGGAAUGGAAUUAGCUCACCCAGACCCAGACCUGGAUGGCUCUGCUAUGGACGAUGACGCAGAGCCCCCGGCCCCGAGCCCCUUGUCGUCACUCGGAGGAUCCCCAAGGCCGGCGGACCCUCUUGGCGAUAACGACAAACUGGAAGUUGAAGACAUGGACCUCUCUGACGAGGAAAUGGACGGCGGUGGGAUUAUAGGUGAGCACGCUGUUCCUGAUUUUCUGUGGCAGAAUAAUAAAACAGAGAAGCACCAACAAAGAAAGACCAUCCGAGCAUUUCUCUCAUUUUGCGAACCAGCUAAUCUGACUGAGUCACUUUUUCACCACCCACAGAUUCACCAAAUUAAGAUUAGUCACAUUUUAACAGCCAAACAUUUGCCAUUCUGCUGUUUUAUUAUCGUUGGAUGACUUUAACGGCUUCAUCUAAUGCAGCAGAGCUAUUAUGAUUGUUUUAUGUGUUCUGAGUGAACAUUCUCUAAGUGCAAAAUCGUUACAUUACCAGCUUGUACCUGUCCAAAAGAUACGUUUUUUAGGCGGGAAAAACGUUUGCAUUGUAAUGUUUUCUCUGCUAAAAUAGACAGAGAGAAAAUAAUCAUCAGCUUCAACAUCAAGCACAUUAUGUCUGUAAAAUAUAUGACGGCCUGUUUGUUUGUUUGAACGUAUUUUGAAAGGUUGCAACAAGAAAGAAAACUGGCUUUCCAAAUGUCAUUUUCUAGAUGAACAACCGACAUAUUUUUCUUUUUCGCUGAAAGCCUGAUUGGCCAUCUUUGGCAGCAUAUUCUACUCCAUUAAUUUGUUGGCAGUGACUUCUCUUGUCCCAUAAAUAAUCUGCUUGUAGAAAAACAAUGACAAAAUUAAUUCCGUUGUCUAAUAUCCAAUAUUAACUAACUGCAUUUGUCUUGUUUCAUUACAUUAAGUGCUUAUCUGAUGGCAUCCAAACUGUCCCUCUCUACCACAUUGUUGUCCUCAGUCGAGGAGCAGAUUGGACGCCCCUCCCUCCCGGCGAUGUCUACUUCAGUCCCCGUGAAAACAGAGCCGUCGGUGGUGACAGAGCAGCCCGUCACACAGGCCACACCCCCUGUAGCAGCUCCCACGGCAGCCGUGGAGAGUGUUGACCUGGGUAAAAUUGGUUCCAUCAUCAGCAGUCUAAAUUCAGUCAUGAAGAAUACAGGUGAGUGCAAGUUGCUUUUGAGAUCAUAAAAAACUUCAAAUUGCUGAAUUUUUGCUGAAUUCGACACUCUGGGGCAGCUUCAGCUCAGGGGUUGAGUCGGUCGUGUCCCAAUUGGAAGAUCCGGGUUCGAUCGCAGGUUCCUCUGCUUCCUUCAUGACUGGUGUGUGAAAAGGAUUAGUCAAGAACUGAUGGGCAGUGAUUUGAUUUAGGACUUCAGAUACAAGGUUGUGUUAUGGGACCUUUUAAGCUCAACAGCAGCAUGGAUAAGCCCAAAUGUUUUGAAACCUGAUCCUUGAUCGAAAUAUGUUUCCAUUUCUUUUAUCCUUUUCUGCCAAAGAAAGUUCGUUCCUGCUUGCCUCCCAUAAUGUUGCUGCUGCACUUCCUCCUGAUUCCUCACAGGGUGACAAAGGGUCAUAAUCACAGAAUAAUCAUGUUUUAAAUAUCUGGAAUUUGGGUUUUUACAGGUUUAUUGUGACGACAGAUAUGUAAUUGAAAUCCAAGCACCUCUCUGUUAUAGUUUUACUGUUUGAACACCUCUCCUGUGGCAGUGAUUUAAGGUUUGACUUGAGUUUCCCUCUCUGUCUUGCAGGACCAGUAGUGGAGAGUCCUCCUCCUGCUGCUUCCUCCUCAUUGAAGACCACACCUGCUGCCCCUCUGGCUAACCAGGAUGCAAGUUCACUCGUAAACCUUCUCUCCAAGGUGGAUGUGAGUCCUGCUGAUAUCCUCGGUGCUCUCUCCAAAGUGCAAGGCAAAAGCAGCCUUGAUGGUGAGAAUCAGGAGUUAAAAACUGAACUUCUUAUCAUAAAUAUAUUUUGCAUGUGCAUUUAUUUAUUAAUUCUCUUUUUUUCACUCAGGUAUCUCUUCUCUUCUGAGCACCCCAGCUGUAACUGUCUCCUCAGACUCUUCCAAUACAGGCAAGAUCCCACCCUCUCCCUCUCCCUCAUCCACAUCUACAUCUGCAUCAACAGCACCCUCUCAGAGCCUGUCUCUCUCCUCUGUUGCACCCGUGCCUUCUUCACUCAGCUCCACUGUACGGCAGGGCACAAGUUCCCAAACUCAUCCGCCCCCUCAGACUCCAAACCCAGCCUCUGCCCUGGUCCAGGCUCUCCACAGAGACAUGGACUUGAUCACAGACCCAGAGCCGUCCACUUCCUCUCAGAGUUUAGAGUCUAAAAUUCACAACUUCCUACAAGGGAACUCUGCUUUCUCUGCAUUUGACUUGGGGUUUUCUUCACCAUCAGUACAGGGAGGGGAUAACCUCAGCCCAGCACCUGAACCAGACACACAGGAGGGCACUCCGGUACGUGAUGAGGGUGGAGGCACCCCAACUCAAGAUGAAAUCAUGGACAAGCCUGGGUCGGGCACGUUUGCUUCCGGCAAAAAUCAAACGUCAUCUGUUGGAGAAACUUUUGACACAGGGUCUAUUGUAGCACAGAAGAACCUCACUAACCCCCAACAGCAGGCUCACCUGCAGCCUGGUGGGGCUCAGAAUGGGCAGGUCUAUCAGCAGUACCAGUAUGGUGCACCAGAGCGUCCAGAGCGUGGGAUGACUACACCUGUUGCACAUUACCAGCAGGUUUCCACGCCAACAGGAGGGCCAGUGCCUGGAGAAAGAGCCCCAGGCGGCGCCAGCAGCAUACAGACAGCUGAAGGCUUUCAAAUGAGGGGUGAGAGAGGCUGGUAUGGGGACAUUUACCCUGAGGGGGUCUCCCAACAACCUAGAGGCUACAAUAUUGCAGCGCCUGGAGAGAACCAGCCGUCAGGAGUUUAUCCAUACCAAACAGGACACGGUCAGAAACCUCCAGGGUUCCAGCAGGGCCCAGAAACAACCCCUGGUUUCUUUGCAAACCCCUUUCCUCCAGUUCCAAAGCUUCCGCCACAACCUCAUCGCUUCGAAGCCCCCCCGGGCCCCACAAACCAUUCUGUAAUCCCCCGUGAGCAGCAGCCGAUGCCUCCUCCAGAUGCUGCUCAGGUGAUUGGACCCAAAACAGACAGUGUAAUCAGUGGGAUGGUGGUCCACGACCAUCAACACAAAUCCAUGUUUCAUCAAGAUGAACCAACGUAUCAACGAGACCAAACCCUUCGUCCUCACUCGGAUGAGCCGCGAUACCAUGAUGACCACCGCCACGAUGCCCCUUUCUUUCAGAAUGAUCCUUACCACCACCAAGAGGAUCCAUAUUACAGGCCAGCAAGUCCUUCGCAUCACUACCCCAGAGUACGAGGCCGCCUCACUCCCCCUCUGUCCCCCUCUGAGGACCAGCACUAUGGCCAUGGUUACCAACGCCACAGCCCUCCACCUCCUCCACACUUUGCUCCAAGAAGACCACCACCACCUCAUCAUCUUGAGAUCCGUCAUCCAGGUCUGCGACCUCCACAGCGGCCUCCACUUCGGCCACCACUUCGGCCUCCCUAUUCAGCCCACCCAAGGGGUCCACCAGGGCCCCCGCGCCCCCCGCGUCCAUCAUUUCCUCCUCAGUUCCACCAUGGCCCUGAUCCGAGGUUGAGAGGCAAACGUCCGGUUCAAAGAGGAGGGAUGAACGCUGGUCCAAUGUUCCCCCCGAAAAGGCCUUUCCCUCCCCCAAGGUACUGAUGGGACAUGUAGCUUUUGGCUCUGAAACCACUGAGGGCAAACUGAAGGCUGAGGUCAGGAACUUUGUGUCCAAACAACGCCAUGAGAGGCCUCUGAUGGGUCUGAAACAGCAAAGGUGAAUAAAAGUGGAGAAAAUGAGGUGGGUGUCAGCAGACAAAUGGAUCCAGUAGCUACUGAAAGAAAGACGGCGAGGAGAGAAGACUGUGAGGACAAGAGCCGUCACCAGGAGAAGUCAAAGAAAGAGGAGUCUCUGAGGGGGCUGCUGAGCUGAAGAUGGAAGACAGAAGAUAAAGAAAAUAAGAGGUGGAUAUAUAUAAUUCACUUUUUGUGUUAUUUACUCUAGUAUGACGCAUUGCAUUGAAUUUGUAAAUUAGAUUCAGUUUGAUACAGGUCAGAGUGCGCGCAUGGUAUGCGUGUUUGCAUGCAAUCAUGUGUAAGUUAACCGGUCACAUUAAAACCUGGAGAUUAUUUUUGCUAAUAGAGAAACGAAAGAAUGUAGUCAAUCCAAUAUUUCUGCUGUCGAGUUGUUCCAUGAGCAGUUUUGACUGCUUCUUUUCCAUAUAUCAGCUGUACCUCAGAAACUCCUGAUCAACAUAAAUUUAAGUUUCACUUUGAGUAGGAACGACUUGAGUAGAGCUUGUGAUAGAGUUUAUGUUCGGAGUUAGCGUAUUUUGGGAUGAUUAAUUUCAGUGUUUCAACUCUGAAUGUUAUACCUGUGAAGCGAUGCUCUCUGUAUUAGAGCGCAGUAUCCCUCCGGCGAUAGUUUUCCGUCUCGUUAAGUUCCUUGAAUCAGAGCGGCACAAGUCUGUUCAAAAGAGACAGAGAUGUGAGAGUUAUUUUUUCCAGCCUCCAACAGCGACGCAGAAGAAGUGCUUUUUUGGAGGGGAUGAAGAAACUCGUCUUCAGUUUCGUUUUACCUGUACUGUCUAAUAAAAACUUGGUUUGAAAAUGUGUGUUGUUCUUCUCUUUCCACUGUCGCACCACUGCCUUAAAAUAUAUUAUCGGAUAUACAUCAACCAAAGCUGAAACCUGAUAUUUUCAUCCAACUGCAGAGAAAUUAAAAUUUUAAGUCUAAAUACAAGACGUAUCAUACCAUCUAAAACUAUCUUUAAGUAAUGUACUCUGCUAUUGACGGCAAUGUUUUAUCGAAAGUUAAAUACAAUCUCUUGUCAUAUUUAAAAUACAACUAAGGUUAAGCUUUAGAAACAGGCCUAAUGUUCACAUUUCAUGGACAUUUGCUGCACGUUAAUAAGACAUGCUGAUUUUGUGCCAUGAAGGUUCGAGCUGUCCCGUCUACAAAGUUGCAAAAGUUUAACUUUUGACAAGACACAAAUAACUUUUAAACUCUAUCUUCGUAUACAACAAAUGUAUUAGAAUUAAAGACAUUUGCUGAUUUAGUAAUGUACAUAUAGGCCACUUGCUGUGACCUGUGUGGACAUUCAUCGUCCGUUUUUGUUUAAUGUUGUUUUAAUCAAGUAAUAAGAAAAUCGUACAGACCUUAAAAACCAUUGCAAGUUACCAAAUUUAUUAAAGACAGAGGAGUCCCUUGAUUUAGGUCUUUGCUCUUUGCUUUUACAGUCUGACCUAAGUUUAAAACUGACCCGAAAUUAUAUUUAAGUUAUUUUGGGACCAUUUAAAGGGUAGUAGUGUGUAUAAAAUAAGCGAUUCGGUUGUUUUUUGAAACCCUUCUUCACUCAUUUUUCGUAAUUUACCUUUACUAAACUACAAAGUGUUUUAGCUGGUCGAACACUUAAAUCUGAACCAGACCGGCUCUUAAAGGUCCAAUCAUUGUUUAUUUAAGCUAAAAUCUUUCCUAGUUGUCAGUUUCCUACUGGCCGAGUAAAAGAGUCUUCAAACACCCUACAGCACUAAAUAGAAGAAGAAGUGUGGGACUUAGCUUGAGGUCAAACUUUCUUUACAGAGAAUUGAAACUUGAGAACAAGGUUAAAGAUAAAUUGAUAAUCAAUAAGGCCGAUCAGAACAGAUAAAGUCCUACUUGAGUAAUUUACUUGGAAGAAACACCAUUAAUUAGAUUCUUAGACCUGCUAGAUGUAAAAGACAUGGAUUAAGUGCAAUAUUUUUAUGUAAUAUUCUCAAGGAAAUAUUACAAUGCUGGAAUAUUUCAUCUUUAGACAGAUACAUUAAUCAACUAUACCUACCAAGUUACUCUAAAUUAGUGUAUUUAUAUAUAUUUUUACACAGCUACUGUAUUUUAAACUUUAACAUGCUUUCUAAAAGGCAGAACUGUUCUUGUACUUAAUUUUAAUGACAGUUUAUGUCACUUACACAAACUUUGUCCAGUUAUAUUUGAAAUUGUAAAAAGUGUAACCAUAAAUUUAAUAAAUUUGAGUUUGACAGAUUAUUGAAAGAUCAAGUUUUCUUUCAUGGAUCUGGUCUAAUUUCUUUUAAUAAGGAAAUUGGAAAAGAAAAAAAAAAACAUCUGCACAAUGACUUGUCUUAAAGGACAAAAUGGGGCAGAUUUUAGUUUAGGAGUUUAUAUUUUGUUUCUUUUUUACUUUUGCAGUGAUGCUUUAUUUAAAUAGACUAUCAUACAAUUCAAUAAAAGUGAUUAAUCGACAGUUAGGUCUAUAGAUAGAAGCAGCAAAGUGCAGCACUUUAGUUCAGAAACAUGCAGUGAAACUGAUAUUUAGCAUUUGACUUCAGUAUGACUAGAGGGAAAUAUUUCAAGCAGAGUUUUAAUACACACUUUUUACGUAGAAAGCAGGAUUUCUACCGUAUUUCUAGACACUCUCGGACCCCUGAUAACAAAGACAGUCAUGUGACUCUAAAUUCAAGCAAAAUCGUCCGUCUUGAUCGGUUAGACGAAGACGUGCUUUCUUCACCGAUAAGUCUUUUUAAUCGAUUCUGUCCGGAUAACUGAUAAAGAAGGGUAGAUUUACCCGGAUACAUACACGUGCUUACAGCGUCCUUUUAUUGCGCGGGAAAUCAUGAGUGUUCUGUCAGGUCAGACAUUAGAGUCGAGAGGACCGUCGCCAGGUGUCAGCAGAUCCUCCAAGAGAGGCAAAGUUAGUCUGCUUUGACAUGUAAAGAGCGACCACAGUUAAGGAAAGGAUGCCGAUUUUGCCAUGACAUUUGUUUUUGGUAAAAGUGAGAACACAUUUACAAUAAUUUAUUGGUUUAAGGCAAUACAUUCGACUUGUGUGUCUGCAGGUCUCAGUAUGUCAGAUUGCUUGUAUAAGCUCAAUGCACCUGCUCUCUCUUGAAUAGAAGAAACAUAAAUAAUCCUACUGCCUUGAAUUUUAACCUACUUCCUGUUUCAUCCUCCCUCCCCCCCUCCUGUUGUCCUCCUCAGGGAACUGGAGCCACACUUUGAUGUGUCUGCUGAUGUGAUGGAGAGGACCUCUUUGAAUCCCGCUCACCUCACGUGACAGGAGCUCCUCUUCAUGGUCUGACUUCAAUGCUGAACAGCAGCUGAUGUGAGGAAGCCUCUAGUUUUAUACUUCAGAAAACCCAGGCACAGGCAGGAAAUCACUGCAAUCAUAACAAAGCAGGGAAAUGAUUGGAUUAUAAAAAUAGUUCCUCUUUGUGUUUGUGUGUUUUCAGGUUCUUGUUCAGAGGGAGUCUCAGGAGACCAUGAAGAUUGGACAGUGAGGCCUCAUGUGCGUAAGUACAGUCAGGACUAUUAAACACUUUUGACGCUUUAUUUCUCAUAUUAAUACACAAUAAUCCAACAAUGCUUCCCUCACCUUCACUGAAUAAAAAAGAAAUGUUAAUUUUUUGUUUCUAGUGCAAUAAAGAUUCAUUCCUCAAAAUAAACAAACUGUUGUGGUCAAUUUAUGUUAGUGCAUCUGCUGUCACAACCAUUUAUUACAAUAAUAUUUCACUGUAUGUUGAAAUUACACAAAAAGUCCUAAACUAUCAAUAAUAUUCAAUACCUGUAACUAGCUUUCCUCUAAUGAUUUUUACUAUUACAGUUUUUUCAGUCGCUAACAAGCAUUUGUCCAACCAGUUGUCACAUUAUUUACACAAUUAGCUCAGCAUCGGUCUUUUGUGGCCGUGAACACAGACAAGCUAUACCUCCCCACAAAAUGAUGGAUUGUUUUUGUAUUAUUUACGAAUGUUUAUUUAUUUAUUUAUUUUGUUAACACACAACAUCCCACAAUAGCAAAAACAAUAUCCCAAA